UCCUUGUCACUCAAAAAAAUUCAACUUGUUCACACAAUAACUUGUCUGGUUCUGUGUCUUCUUAUCCUUGCAAUAAUAACCACCACAACACCGAUUCAUGUUUAUAAAUAGUGCCCUUUCUCAUACAAUUUUUUCAGUGUGGAAGAAAUAGCCAUAAAUCUUUUUUCUUUUUUUUGCAAAUUUAUCAUCAAUGGCUGUUUUUUCUUUUUUGAGUUUCUUCUUCUUGCUCAUAUGUUUUAAACUAUCUCAAGCACAGUCAGUGCCAGCAGCUUACAUGUUUGGUGAUUCUCUAAUUGAUGUUGGCAAUAACAACCAUUUUGUUUCCAUUAUUAAAGCUAAUUUUCCUUAUAAUGGUAUUGAUUAUCCUGGUGCAAAACCUACUGGAAGAUUUUGCAAUGGCAAAAACACUGCUGAUUUUCUAGCUGAGAAAUUAGGAAUACCAACACCUCCCCCAUACUUGGCCGACAAGAAUAGUCAGUUCCCCAAAGGUGUAAGCUUUGCUUCUGGUGGAGCUGGAGUCUUCAACACCACCAAUGGUGACCUAAUUAGUAAAGCACUUCAUUUUUCUCAACAAGUGCAGUUUUUCUCAUUUGUGCAACAAAGAUUGGUGAAGCAGCUAGGAGCUGAUGGUGCAAUGAAGCAACUAUCAAAGUCCAUACUUGGUGUUGUCAUUGGAAGUAAUGAUAUAAUUAAUUAUUUUAAAUCCGAUUCAAAACUCCCAAAGGCAACAGCACCCCAGCAAUACGUUGAUCAAAUGGUCUCUAUUCUACAAGGCGAGCUCAAGAAACUGCAUGGUCUAGGUGCACGUAAAUUUGUGAUUACAGCAGUAGGAUCAGUUGGAUGCAUUCCAUUGCUAAGAUACCAAAGUGCAAAUAAAUCUGGUGAAUGCUCCGAACAAGCUAAUUUCUGGGCAAACAAAUAUAACCAACAAGUUCAGUCUAUGCUACUAGGAUUGAAGGCUGAGCUGAAGGAUAUCAAUUACACAUUCUUGGACACAUACAAUUUGUUGCUCAAUGUCAUCCAGAAUCCAGCUACUUACGGUUUUAGUGAAGCGAAAGGUGCAUGUUGUGGAUUUGGAAGACUAAGAGCUAAACUUCCAUGCACCCCACUUGCCGUAUUUUGCUCCAACAGAAGUAGCCAUGUUUUUUGGGAUAGAUAUCAUCCUACUGAAGCUGCUAAUCGUAUUAUUAUUAAUACAGCUUUUGAUGGAACCAACCAAUAUGUUUUUCCACUGAAUGUGAAGCAACUGAUUGCCUUGUAGUUUUGCAUAUUGAGCACAGGAAAAGAAAAUCAAGUUAAUUUUGUAGACAGGUUUUUGUCUCUC